CCCCGCCCCCUCAAGGCGGAAGUGUUUCCAAGAGUAGCCCAGCCGGAGCUGCCACUGUUUGGGUCACCGCGUCGCCGCUCACCCUAACAGGCUCCUCUGCCUCGUCUCCUCUCCCCUCCGUGGCUUGCCAGCAGUUCACCCGAAGCCGGCGAAAGAUUGACUAUUAUGUGAGCUCCGUGCAAAGUUGUGGGAGCACCAAGCCAACCGAGUUUUCUUGAGUCAUCUAUAUGGGCCAUCUUCUCUCGAAAAAUGGUUACCGCCUGAAGAAGAGGUCACGUAAGCAGCAUCAGAAGAAGAAGAAAAAGAGGAACUGUCUCCUGCAGGGGCCUUGCAUGCUCUGCUUCAUUGUCCACAGCAGUAGCAGCAGCAGCAUCAGCAGCAGCGGCGGUGUUGUCGGUGGUCUCAACGACGACAACGACCCAUCGGAGACCACCGGCGUCAACAGCAACAUCAGCAGCAUCGGGGCAGUGGCAGCCGCCUCCAAGCUCGCAGAGAGAUACGCGACGCUCGCUUCUCCCGAGGACUGCUCCAAGUUCCUGCUCACUCCGCCAGAGUUGGCAAUUUGGGAGGGCCAGGGCAGGAGCCUGUUGUCGGCUGUUCCGGCUAAACUGAUCCCACCGCCUGCUCUUUUUCGGACUACCGGCGUGACUGUGACUGUACCUAUUCCUGUGCCUGUACCUGACUACGCCGAGAUGGUGUGUAAGAGGAAGUGUUCGGAGGUCCAGAGGUGCACCCCUUCCAACAAGCAGCCACGCUGUGCCUUUGCUGCCUCCGACGGGGGCUUGGAGAAUGGAGGAGUUGGAGGAAGUGCUGGAGAGGCUUCUACGAACUCUGAAACUGGCCACUGCCACCUUCCCCUCUGCUCGCUUCCUUCUUGCUCCUCCUCAUCCACCUCCUCUUCUCCAUCCUCCUCCUUGACACCAGCUGAUGGUCAGGUUGAUCCGCCCCAUAGUUUGGACGUGUCCCCCUCCAAUCUGCAGAACUAUGAUGGCUGCCAGGUCAAAGGUUCUGAUGCUGCUGACCCUUUAAGUAUCAACCACCUGCCUUCCUCUAUCCUUCUUAAGGUUCUGUCGAACUUGACGGUGAAGGAGCGUUGUCUCUGCGCUUCUUUAGUCUGCAAGUACUGGAAGGACCUCUGCUUGGACUUCCAGUUCUGGAAGCAAAUUGACCUCAGUGGCCUACAACAAGUAAACGAUGAUCUCCUGCUGCAAAUAGGUUCUCGAAGGCAGAAUGUGACAGAGAUAAACAUCUCAGACUGCAGAGGGGUCCACGACUACGGCGUCUCGGCUCUGGCCUCUCACUGCCCAGGCCUGCAAAAGUACACAGCAUACAGGUGCAAGCAGCUGGGAGACUCUUCCCUUGCUGCCUUGGCUGCACACUGCCCUCAGCUGGUGAAGGUGCAUGUGGGCAACCAGGACAAACUGACAGACAGGGCGCUAAUAAAGAUAGGAGAGCGCUGCAGCGAGCUGAAGGACAUUCACCUGGGCCAGUGUUACGGCGUCAGCGAUGACGGCAUGGUGGCUUUGGCCAAUGGAUGCCCCAAACUGCAGAAACUGUACUUGCAGGAGAACAAACUGGUCACUGACCAGUCGGUAAGAGCGGUGGCCGAGCAUUGUCCAGAGCUGCAGUUUGUUGGAUUCAUGGGAUGCCCUGUGACAUCCCAGGGAGUCAUCCAUCUCACCGCACUGCGCAACUUAACCGUCCUGGACCUGCGGCACAUCUCCGAACUGAACAAUGAAACAGUGAUGGAGUUGGUGAGGAUGUGUCGCAAACUCAGCUCCCUCAACCUCUGCCUCAACUGGAGCAUCAAUGACAGGUGUGUGGAAAUCAUCGCCAAGGAGGGGCGGAGCCUCAAGGAGCUCUAUCUGGUCUCCUGUAAAAUCACCGAUCACGCUCUGAUAGCCAUAGGUCAGUAUAGCAGCACCAUAGAGACGGUGGAUGCCGGCUGGUGUAAGGACAUCACAGACCAGGGAGCCAUGCAGAUUGCACAGAGCAGCAAGUCCCUGCGCUACCUGGGCCUUAUGAGAUGUGACAAGGUGAACGAGGGGACGGUGGAGAGGCUGGUGGUCCAGUACCCUCACAUCGUGUUCAGCACGGUGAUGCAGGACUGCAAGAGAACCUUGGAGAGAGCUUAUCAGAUGGGCUGGAGCCCCAACGCCUCCAAUGCCUCGUAGCUAUGGCUGGAUCACACACGCGCACACACACACACACACACACACACACACACACACACACACACACACACACACACACACACACACACACACACACACACACACACACACACACACACACACACACACAAGGACCAUUUUUAGUGCACACAUUGAAACAUGUGAAGCAUAUUCUCAACUCAGUUGUAGUUGCAUUUUAUUUACAGUUUGCACGUAAAGGUUAUCACGAGGAUAUCAUUAAAGCUGAGAUGUAUAUCAUCAUCCAGUCCAAAAGCGACGAUACGCAGCUCGCUCUUUUUUGGCGUCGGUGUGUUGUUUGUGCCGCACCACGGCCAAGUGAGGAAGGACUCCUGUAAACUCUUAAGUGGACGCACUGAUGAACGAUAAAAACGCCGAUCUGGAAGAGAGAACAAUCUCCAAACAUUGUCCCGCAGAAGACGCUCAGGCGAGUCCUGUGAGGCGUUCACUUCCUCCGAGGCCACGCCCACCGGAGCAGACCACGACCGCGACGAUGACAUCGGCGUCUUUUUACGCUCCCGUGAGGCUCUUUGCGAUGUUUAUCUUGACUGGUGCGGUUUCGUGUUCAGGGGUUUGUGGAUGUGUGUGUGUGUGUGUGUGUGUGUUUAUAUGGUUGUUUACCUUGUCCUGGUGCAACACACACACACACACACACACAGAUUGGCUCCAGUUGGGAUCCUCCAGCCAGCUCCCCUUUUUGCAGUGGAAUUAUUUCUCCCAAAAAAAGUGCAUGAUUAGAUUGAUAUCGGCAUCUGAUUCAGUCACCGUCUGGAAAAAGAUGUCAAAUGAAAGGAACAUUGGCAUGGCAACAAUAAUAAUAGUUUUUAUUUUUGAUUGUAUAGCUGAGAAAAAAAAAAGACGUCUUUAAUAAAACGUCAUUCUAUUUUUUUUUUUUUUUUUAAGGAUUAGAGCCUCUAAGGUCGAACAACACCACCGUUUUUUUUGUGCUACUCCACCUCCAAUUAGGAGAGCAUAUCAUUUCUGCAUCAAAUCUUCCCAAUAGAAAAUAAUAGGAAUACUGUUGGUCCUUUCCAGGGUCAAACUGUCUCCAUCCAUACUGGACUUUACAGGCGGUGUUUUUAUUUAAAGCUUUAAAAAGAGAUAGCAGUAAGGAUGGAUAUGAUGAGGAGUCGUUUACUUUCUGCCGGUUGUGUGAAAUUGAUCGUUAACUAAUCGUGUCUCAAAUGAGUAUUGUCUGCCAUAUAAGUGUUGGAAAAUCAGUCCAUUAUUUUUUUUAUCAAUACUUACAUGCAUUUUGUAAAAUCAAAGAAUCAAUUGAUUUUUAAAUGGAUUCAUGAAUAGAAUACACACACACACACACACACACACACACACACACACACACACACACACACACACACACACAC